AUGGUUCAUCGGUGCCUUCUUGUUCCGGAGCUCUUUGGAUUAGUUUGUGAGGUCAUAACGGAUGACUGGACGUUUACGCCACCAGCUCGAAGGUCGGCGACUUUGGCAUCCCUUGCUCGCACAUGUCGUGCCUUCGAAGGGCCAGCUCUCGACGUCCUUUGGCGUGAGAUCGAGGGACUGCGUCCGCUUCUCUGCACGAUGCCGUCUGACCUGUUUGAGAUACAGGCAAAGGAUUCCUCCCCCCCGGUCAACCUAUUGUGUUUGCGCAGGCCAAUCUUACUCUCUGACUUGACCAGAUUGCCAUCUUAUGCCCAACGAAUAUGCAAAAUUCAGGCGGACUUCAAGUACACGCAUUUUCGAAUUGACGUUGAGGCUCUGCAAGCUCUAAGCAUGGCAACAUUUCAUAUGAGGCCCCUCCUUCCAAAUCUUAAAGACCUCUGGUGGUAUCAUGGAAACACUACAAAAGAAGUGGAAUGGUCGAUGCUUCAGUGCAUCUAUCUCUUCUUCUCACCCAAACUCACCAAAUUAUCCAUCGUUCUGUUCAAUACCUUCGAUAGUGCAUAUCCUCCAUCCAUCCUCUCUGGUCUUCGCAACUCUUGUCCAGCCCUGAAGGAAUUGACUUUUGGUUUCCAACCCUCCAACCCCGAUGAAGAAAAUCGACGUGGUAUUUCUUCUGUCAUUUGCCAAUGGAACUGGCUCCAGUCUCUAUCAGUCACUGAUUUGACGCAAGAAGCUCUUGAGCAUUUCGCAACAAUCCCAUCCCUUCGAGAGCUUUCUCUCGGCUCUCUCGGAGAUUUAACGCGUAGUUACAAUCAACACUCGCCAAUCGUUGUGCGCAACCCAACUAGUGGGUACCCUGCCCUUCAAAUCUUAUCAAUCUCUUGUAGGACGAUAGAUGCAGCGAUCGCUUUUGCGCAGCUCCUAUCCUCUAGUCCUGUCGGGCAUCUCCAGAUUAAAGUUGCGGGUCCUUGUUUUCCUCGUCAAUGGAGGGAGUUCUUCGAUACCAUCGUUCAUCACAUUUACCAUCCCUCAUUGGAACAUCUUACUUUACGGGAGUUGGGCAAUGCCUUGGACCCCCCGGAAGCACUCCAUUCUGACAUUGGACUCGAGGCCUUGACUGUGUUUACAAAUCUUGAAGUUGUCAAUAUCCACCCUACUUAUGGCAUUCAACUUACGAGUGAUACAGUCAACAAAUUAGCUUAUGCCUGGCCCAAAAUUUGUGUUCUCAAUCUUGGCAAUACGUAUCCAUCUUCAAGAUCACCAAUCAUAAAAACAGAGGACCUCAUUCCCUUCGCACAGCGUUGUCUCAAGCUGAGGCGCUUAGGCAUCGUUUUUGACGCUCAAAAUACCCAGCUGAGGUCAAGUCCUGGUCUCUUCAAUAAUACUUUGAAGACCUUAGGUGUCGCCGACUCUCCCAUCAACGCCCCAGCCGUAGUUGCUGCUUUUCUUUCCGAUAUUUUCCCCAGAAUUGAAUCGGUCACCUUUGACAAUGAUUGGCGGGAGACAAAUGGGGAUCGUGAGGAUACAACAGAAACCGCAAGGAUGUGGGAGGAGGCGGAACGCCUCCUCGAAACGUUUGUCAAGGGCUGGUUUCGAGACGACUUGUAUCCAAAUGCCAUUAAGACUCCCCGAAUGGUUGCAAAUCCGCAGUCCCUACCCUCUCAAUCCAUUCACGAUCCUUUCGACUCCAACGUUCAAUAA